CCAAAAUUUGCGCCACCUCAACAUUAUAUCCCGCGGGUGCGAAAAAUAUGCGAGAACGAAGCGCAGAACCCCCGAAAUCACGCAAAGGAAAAAGCAGCAGCAGAAAUGGUCUCGAGGAAAGAAGAAGAGGACGAGGAAGAAAAAGAAGAAGUAGCCGAGAUUUCCUCCGAGUCUAAUCAGAAGGACGAGAAAAACGAGGACUACAACGAAGACGAUGGAGAAGAAGAAGAAGCCGAUCGAGACGAAGACGAUGAGGAAAGCGAGAAAGAAGAGCGUUCUUCCGAAUCCCCACCUUCCGAUCAAGAGCGGAAGUCCCAGAACGUCGCCGCUCUCGUCAGAGGAAACCUUCUUGUAAGAAGACAACCACUUAUUCCACGAAUACUGUCUGUUUCUGAUGGAGCAGCAGUGGCUAGAAAGCCAUUUAAGCCACCAUGCCCAAAGGGAUAUAAAGAUCAUAAUGAAGAGCUCACUCGCCGCCUUUGGGCACAAAGGUUUGUUCCAUGGGGUUCCUUGAGGCCAUCUUUGGUUGCUAUAAGCAACCUUCUACAUACCCCUAGUGUUACGAAUGAUGAUCCUUCAGAAAAAGAAUCAGUUCUGCCACCUGGGAUUGAGCCUUUAGUUUUAUGGCAAUCUGGAGGAUCAGAUGAGGGAAAUUAGCAAUUUUUGUGCCAGAUUGAAGUAGAUCCACUACUUGUUCGUUAUCUUCGACCUCAUCAAAGAGAAAGGGUUCAAUUUAUGUUUGACUGUGUUUCUGGGUUAUCCAGUUCUGAUGGUACUGGAUGCAUUCUAGCAGAUGAUAUGGGAUUGGGUAAGACUCUACAGUCAAUUGCUGUGCUGUAUACCCUCCUCCGCCAGGGCUUUGAUGGUAAGCCAAUGGUUAAGAGGGUUAUGAUUGUAACUCCUACAAGCCUUGUUAGUAACUGGGAAUCUGAAAUUAAUAAGUGGAUUAGUGGAAAAGUUCAGCUACUUGCUCUAUGUGAAAGCACAAGGGCAGAUGUCCUGUCUGGGAUUGAAAGUUUCCUAAAACCCUGCAGUCCUUUUCAGGUGCUCAUCAUAUCUUAUGAGACAUUUCGAAUGCAUUCAGCAAAAUUUGAAAAGAGCGGAAGCUGUGACCUUCUCAUAUGUGAUGAAGCUCACAGGCUGAAGAAUGAUCAAACAUUAACAAAUCGAGCACUGGCUGCUCUUCCUUGUAAACAGCGUAUCUUAUUGUCUGGAACCCCUAUGCAGAAUGAUCUGGAGGAAUUUUUUGCUAUGGUGAAUUUCACGAAUCCUGGAGUUUUAGGGGAUGCAGCAUAUUUCCGUAGAUACUAUGAAACACCAAUCAUUUGUGGAAGAGAGCCUAUGGCGACCAUAGAAGAAAAGAAGUUGGGUGCUGAGAGGUCUGCAGAGCUAAGUUUAAAAGUAAAUCAGUUUAUAUUGAGAAGGACAAAUACAUUGUUUUCUGACUAUCUUAGUUUCAUUCCAUUUAAAAUAGUGGAAGUGGUUUGUUGCAAAUUGACCCCUCUGCAACUUGAAUUGUAUAACCAUUUCGUGCAAUCCAAAAAUGUGAAGCGUGUCAUAGCUGAAGAGACAAAGCAAUCCAAAAUUUUAGCAUACAUUACUGCUCUUAAAAAGCUAUGCAACCAUCCAAAGCUCAUUUAUGACACUAUUAAAACUGGAAGUUCAGGAACAUCAGGUUUUGAUGAUUGCAUGCGCUUUUUUCCCUCCGAGCUAUUUUCUGGGAGAUCUGGAUCUUGGACUGGUGGUGGUGAUUGGGUAGAACUGUCAGGGAAAAUGCAUGUCUUAGCUCGAUUACUGGGCCCCCGACAGAAAACUGAUGACCGAAUCGUUCUUGUAUCAAAUUACACUCAGACAUUGGAUCUUUUUGCUCAAUUGUGCCGGGAAAGAAGGUAUCCAUAUCUGAGGCUUGAUGGGACUACAUCGAUCAAUAAAAGGCAAAAGUUGGUCAACCGUUUCAAUGAUCCAUCUAAAGAUGAAUUUGUAUUUCUCCUAAGUAGCAAGGCUGGUGGUUGUGGACUUAAUCUGAUUGGUGGAAAUCGCUUGGUCCUCUUUGAUCCUGACUGGAACCCUGCCAAUGACAAGCAGGCUGCAGCAAGAGUCUGGAGGGAUGGUCAGAAGAAGCGAGUGUACAUAUAUAGGUUCUUAAGCACUGGAACCAUUGAAGAAAAGGUGUACCAGCGUCAAAUGUCAAAAGAGGGCCUUCAAAAAGUUAUUCAGCAGGGACAAAUAGAUAAUCAGAUGCAACAAGGUAAUUUUCUUUCAACAGAAAACUUGCGUGAUCUAUUCACUUUUCAUGAAAAUGUCAGGUCCGAGAUUCAUGAAAGCAUGAAUUGCACCCGUUGCAAAACAGAUAAUCUAAUGUCAGUGGAUACCGAUGGUAAUGAGAUAGAGCCUAAUGAUGAUAAAUAUUCAACUGAGGAAGGCUAUCAAGCCAAUCAAGUGGUUGAUGAUAUUGGCAGAUUUGCUGAAAUUGCUGGAUGCCUGCACAAAUUAAAAGGCUCGGAGAAACAGCUUGGUGCCCCAUCUGAAGAGGAUCUUGGAAGUUGGGGUCAUCAUUGUGACCCAAUGACAGUGCCCGAUGCAAUUCUUCAAUCUUCAGCUGGUGAUGAGAUCACUUUUGUUUUCACAAAUCAAGUUGAUGGGAAACUUGUACCAGUUGAUUCGGCAGUAAAACCAACCACUCAACAGUUGAAUGAACCAAAAGACUCCAAGCAAAAAGAUGAGAAAGCCCUAUGCUCGUCUCAGCAACUUAGAUCGCAACCUUCAACAUCUAAUGAAAACUGUGACAGGAAUAGUCCUAUGUUAAGCACACUCUUUUUGAAGAGACCUGCUAAGUUGAUGAGGGUACCACCAAAUAGUAUGCCUGCACUGAAGCAACCCAACACUUCUUGGGGUGGUCAAUCAUCCCUUAAAAGGAUUUGUGUUGCUUCUGAUACAUCUGAUGAUGAUUUUUUGUGAAUCUCCCUGUUGUCAAAUCAUUAUUCAUUUUACUUGAGGGAUUUCCAUUUCAUUCAUGGAGUUUCACAGAGAGAGAGAGAGAGAGAGAGAGAGACUUGUUUUCAGAUCACCAUUCCAUUAAGUACAUAGUUCAUGGGCCUAACUUUCUAUCUGCUGGCUGUUAUCUGUCUGGAACCUAUUUUUUUGUCGAGAAUAUGGUCGAUGAGCAAAGUUGCCAAGGUGAAUCAGCAUGUCUGAUAUUACUUCCCUUUACAUUAGAAUGCACAUAUUAACCCAAGAAGAAUUGGGCAGUUAACCAAAUUGUCUAAUGUAACCAAACUGAAGUUGGAGUAUGGACUUUUCCUGGCGAUGAAGGAUACAUCUCUAAGCCGCAUGUUAAGGUAUCAAAGAAGAAGAUGCCUUCUUUUUUGUAUUCUUUCUCCUCAUAUGUAAUAUCUUUCUUUUUUUUUUCCCGUAUGUAAUAUCAAGAAUGCUCAAUAAACUUGUUAUAUUCCUUUAAAA